GGAGAAGUUCGUUUUCCCAUGAUGCACCUGUGGUUCCUUUCUAUCUCGCGCCUUUGCCUCGGCGCAGUCCAUCUUGCUUCUCAUAUCGCUGCUGUCACCCUGUGCCAGCGCGCCGUCCGUGUUGUUGUAGUAAAUAAUGGCGGCAUCGGGAGGCGGAUUAUCAUCUCCCGCUCCCAUUGCGGGCUUGAGCACCCAAGCGCCGGCCCGGUCUCGUUUCCCGGGUCGUCCGUGCACGGCUCGCAGCAGGCUGCGGUCGGAGAAACGUACCAAACGCGGAAGGCUGGGCUCGGAUGACGGGGAGCUGGCUGCCGGAGGGCCAAGGCCCGUCAACAUCGGCCUAGCGUUGAGCGAGGAUCCGUUCCUGCUGCGCCUUCUCGGGGUGGCGGAGAAGCACAGGCGGCAGAGAGAUGCGGGGUUCCACUCCAGCGACAGUGAGGAGGAGGAAGAUUUCACUGGAUUUGGGACCACAACAGUUCGUCCACAGAAAACAUCUGGCACUGUUCCUCAGUCAUCGUUACUCAGCGAAGCCAAGCCUCCCCAAGCUUCAGAUCUUUCUUUGGGAGCAAAGCCUCUCAUUGGAAAAAUUAUACCCAAGACCCCAAAAGCAGCUCUUAUUGGAAAAAUUGUACCGAGGGUCUCUAAAGAAGGCCAACGUGUCAAAGAGAGCCCAGUAAAAGACAAAGAAAUACCCAAGGUGGUAAUUAAACUGCAUGGCAAGCAGGUAGCUCUCAUUGCAAAAGCCAAACAUGCAGACGAGCAGGCCUCAGGUAGACAGCGCAGUAAAAGGUCAGCUGACUUUAUCAGGAAAGCACGAAAAUCAGCAGACUCAGGCAGCAAGCAAAACCAAACAGCCGCUACUUCAGCUGGUGACACCAAGCAAGAUAAGCUGGUGAGCGCUCUGACAGCAGUCAAGGGUGCAGGAAAAGCUUCCAAGGUCAAAGAACGAGGCGAGGUGUCAGAGGACUCAGACACAGACCAAUCCCAGCCACAGAGAUCUGUGAAACGCAUGAAGGGUUUUCGAAUUGGGCACACCAGACGCACGUCUCAAGCAGUUGCUCUGUCGUUCACAUCCUUUCACAAACGGCAGAGAAAGAGAACGGCUAAGGGCAUGGGUGCCUCUCCAGAGGCUGGAGCUGAGGCCGGUGCCCAGAGUGGAGAGGAGGCAGCGAUGCCCCUCGAGUGUAAAGCCGCAGAUUCCUCUGAAAAAAGAACGCACAGAAGACAACAACGCAGAUCUUUGUUUGGGCACAAGCGAAAGCCACCUAAAAACGUUCCAAUCAUUACACGUCCAAAAAUGGGACGUAAUCGCACUAGGCGUGUUUUUUACACCUAUGUACCAGAGCCCAUUCCAGCCACACCAACGCCGGACGGGAAUGAGAAGCAGCUGCAAGGUCAGAAUAUCACUCCAUCAGAGGGUGAGCCAAGCUCAAACAACUCCUCCACUCCUGUAAUGAGUGCACGGUCCUCCCGCGUUAUUAAAACUCCGAAGAGAUUCUUGGACGAGGAAAUGAUUCCCUUUCCGAGGGGUUCUCUGUCAACAUGGCUGAAAAGUCAACAAAGAGAGGACGGAAAACCAAGUCCAUCAUGUCAUGAGUCAAGCUAUGAUGACACCUCCCUGCAGUCAGACAGUGACUCUAUAUCUGUGGUUGACAGCCCAUCUGCAGUGUCAAAGGCCAGUCCAGGCACAAGCCACCUAGAGAUCUACAAGAACCUCAAGAAACUGACCUUGAAACUGGCGGAGAAAAAGAAAGGCCAGCCUGACGCUCCGGGGGAUUAUACACGUCAUGGCGACGGUUUGACCUCUCAUGUGAAGAAGAGGCGGAGGUCAAAGCUCACAAUGGAGGAGAUGGACUCUCCUGGUGUUGUGAGGAAACUAGCCGUGGUGGUGAACACUGAUGUGGAAGCGCCCUCGCAUAUACCGUUAGGAGAUACAGGCAACAGUAAUGAAGCAGGAAGCAUGACUGGGGACAGUCAUGAGGUGUUGGAAGUCAGUGGGCCCAGCCAUCGAAUUGGUCUCAGUGGAGCCAAUAAGACAAUGCUUCACCUGCUGAAGAAAGCCAAAGUCCAGCUCAUCAAGAUUGAUCAACAAAAGCAGCUCAAGUUGUCACAGUUGGGCUUCAGAGAAUCACGAGUGCCAGUGAGUGGAAGGAGGAGGAGGAGGAGAGUUGGCGUAUCUCCCAAAGAUACACGUCCUCAGGAGCAGCCGCUGGGCGGUCCGCGGAUCAAACAUGUCUGCCGCGCAGCAGCAGUGGCUUUGGGGCAGCCCCGUGCCAUGGUGCCAGAUGAUAUUCCCAGACUCAGCGCCCUGCCACUUCACGAGAGAGAGGGCAUCACCUUCUCUCCCACAGCAGAAGAUGUGGCAGAUGAUGACGAUGACAUCACUGAUCAGGGCAGGGCUCAGUGGGUUGUCUCUCAGGAACACAUCCAGCGGAGGAGGCGGGGGAGGGGGAAGGGCCACAGGUUCAGAAAAAGGAAGGUCCAGAGUCGGUACGCACCCGGGGGAGUCCGUGCCCGGCGCUGUGGACGCUGCCGAGGCUGUUUGAUUGAGGAGGACUGCGCAAAGUGUGUCAACUGCCUCGAUAAGCCCAAGUUCGGGGGGCCCAACACCAAACGGCAGUGUUGCAUAUAUAAGAAGUGUGAGCGGAUUGAGAAAGCAAAGAUUGAGCGCAUCAUCAAACCAUUCAAAGUCCAGGCGAGGCGGCUGUCGGGCUCCGUGUCACGCAGUGACGAUGCGAACUGGAGGUUUGGAGGGGCAGGCGAGGGAUCGUCCUCGAUGGCGCCUGGAGUCAGAAAACAGUCCCUGCGUAACAUCACACCACGCUCCUAUAGCAGCCUGCUGAUUUCUGAAUCUGAUGAAGAGGAUGGAGAAGAACUAGAGAAUAAGGCAGAUAAAUCAACAGUCAAGCCAAAUGUAUCUGCUGCUAGCAACCAAGAUCUUGCUCCUCAAGAUGGCGGAUCACUGCCAUAUGACCCUCCAAAUGAGGUGGUGAAGCAUCGCCGGCUGUUCUCCAGAGGAGCUGGGAGCAGACCCAGAGCAUACAAGGCACAGGAGAACACGGAGGAGACGGAGCCCAGAGAAUCCAGCCCAUCCAGGAGCCCAAUGCCGAAGCUGCAGCAGCAGCUACAAAUACACUUACACCGUCUGCCUGAUUUUAUCCUGCAGUCUGCUCUGUCUCUGCCACAGCAAUUGCCACAGCAGUUGCCCCCGUGUCUGGAUCAGUGUGCUGCACAGUUGCAUCCAAAAUUGUCCCAGCUUGUAACACAGCCUGCUAUUUCACAUUCCACAAAACAGUCUCCUUCAGAAUUGUUCCAGCCUGUAACACAUCACGCUUCUCCACAUUCACCACAUCCCAUAACAGACGCUCCACAGAAAUCUUUGCUGUUACGUUUGCACCGUUUGCCCCAGUCUGUGGUGCAAUCAACCUUAAAUAUGCACAAAUGUAUAUCAUCAUCAUCUCAACAACAUCCCCAGUCCAUACUACACUCAUCUCUGACAGAGGUUUCGUCAAAGUUGUGUUUUCAGGGACAUCCAAAGUCUGAGGUGAAGUACGCAGAUGUUUUGACUGAGACACGCAGAGCUAACAAAGAUAAAACUCUACACAAAACUGUGCAAGUGCUCCCUCAGACUGUCGAUCCGCACACAGAGUUACAGGAGGGCAUGCAAGAGGAGCAGGAGGACGAACGAGGGGAUCAGCCUGAAGAGGAGGAGGAUUCUGUAAAAGGGACAGUGCUGCAGAACUGUCCAACAACUGAUCCACACUAUGUCCUUCGUUCCCAGAAUCCUGCAGAGUGUGCGUCAGUGAACACCCUGACGGGGUUAACUAACGGAUUACCCCAAAAGGGCCUGCUGCAGAACAAGUACAAGAUCCGUGUGGACUUCAAGGAGGACUGUGCUGUACAGAACGUAUGGCUAAUGGGCGGCCUCAGCGUCCUCACGUCUGUCCCUACCACACCACAACCUGUCUGUCUGCUCUGCUCCAGUAAAGGACGACAUGAGAUGAUAUUCUGCCAGAUCUGCUGUGAGCCUUUCCACAGUUUCUGCCUCUCACCAGAGGAGCGCCCCUUGAAGGAGAACAAGGAGAACUGGUGCUGCAGGCGCUGCAAAUUCUGUCACGUGUGCGGCCGUCGAAGCAAGAGCACGAAGCCUGUGUUGCAGUGCAGGAGAUGCCAAACCUCCUACCAUCCUUCCUGCUUAGGACCAACUUAUCCUAAACCUAUGAACUGCAGCAUGCCUUGGGUGUGCAUGACAUGCAUUCGGUGUAAAAGCUGCGGCGUGACUCCUGGAAAGACCUGGGACUUGGCCUGGAACCAUGAGCAAGACCUCUGUCCUGACUGCACUCUUCUCCACAACAAAGGUAAUUUCUGCACCAUCUGCCACAAGUGCUAUGGCGACAAGAACCAACACACGCAGAUGAUUCAGUGUUCAGCGUGCAGCCACUGGAUUCAUUACACAUGUGAAGGACUUUCGGAUGAGCUGUUUGGUUUGCUGUCAAGCCAACCAGAAGAAGUGUUUUUCACCUGUUCACCCUGCAGCCAGCACCAAACUGAACACAGCAGCUUGAAGGAGGAGCUGCAGAGCAGGCUGAUAGCCGGGCUGGAGGAGGUGCUCUCUGACCUCCUCUGUGACAACACCACACAGCACCUCCUUAUCUGUAAAGCGUGUCAGGAAACAAACAACACACACUUUGUCAGGGAACAGCAACCAGUCUGUGAUCUACAAGCCAUAGAGAAGAAGUUUAAAGGGGGCAAUUACACCUCAAUCAAAACUUUCCAUGCGGAUGUCGCCUCUGUGAUGAGGAAGUGGCUGAAAGAGGAAGAGGUUCUCUCUGAGCACCAGAGACCGACCACUCAGGCCAGGGCACACUAUGUCAAACUGAUUCAGCAGGUUUUCAGUUGGUGUCCUGAACGGCAUCUGAAAAAGUGGAGCUCAUUCUCUGAGGAAUUCCCGAGUGGCAUGCUCCCUGAGGCGGUCCUCCCACCAUCUAAGGAGCACAGCUAUGCACAAUGGCUGGAAAGGACAUACCAGCCCAAGGAGUCCAGGGGCCCACAGGCAGGGAAACCUGACUCUGUGCUGUCCUCAGUCACUACACAGCAGUCUGGUGUAUUGCACAGCCUCACUCUGUAUUCACAUGGUGUAAUGAGUGAUCUGGAAACUACCAAGACUGAAGAUGUGAGGCAGUGUGCCCUGUGCCAACAAUAUGGAGACUCUGCUCCCAGUGACGCAGGACGGCUGUUGUACUUGGGACAGAAUGAGUGGUGCCAUGUUAACUGCUGCCUUUGGUCUGCAGAGGUGUAUGAGGAGAAUAGUGCUCUUUUGCAAGUGCACAGCGCUGUCUCAAGAGGGCGCCACCUGCGUUGUGAUCGUUGUGGUCAGUCAGGAGCCACUGUGGGCUGCUGUCUUGCCACCUGCCAGAGUAAUUUCCACUUCAUGUGUGCUCGUGCCAUGAACUGUGUGUUUCAGCAGGACAGGAAGAUAUACUGCUUCAAACACAGGGAUCUUGUCAGUGCGAAGAUGGUGUCUGGGAAAGGGUUUGAAGUCCCUCGGCGGGUAUAUGUGGACUUUGAGGGGAUCAAUCUCAGAAGAAAGUUCCUCACAGGCCUAGAGCCAGAAUCCAUAAACAUGACCAUAGGCUCUCUGCAGAUUCAGAAACUUGGUGUGUUGUCAGAGCUGUCGUCAAAUGGGAGGAUGUUGUAUCCUGUCGGCUAUCAAUGUUCUCGGUUGUACUGGAGCACUGUGGACCCCCGCAGACGCUGCAAGUACACCUGUAAGGUGACAGAAGUGAGCACGCCUCUCCCUGGUGAGGAACAAGAUCCGAGGUGGGACCAAGAAGAGAAUCACACCAUAGUCCACAGUCCCAGCCACCACAGAGAUAUGGACUCCCCGGAUCGUUUAAGUUCCUCAUCCAGCCCCAUAAAGUCCACUACCCCGUCACCCAACUCUAAACAGCACAACACACCUGGAUCCAAAAGUCCUGGUUACACACAGACCAGGAGACCAGCAGGAGGAUCAUCUCGACCUCUUCCAUCUCCAGGGUCAACUCUUCCCAAAUCGCAUCACAUCCUGACAUUGAGGGACCUGGAGGACACCCGUCGGCCUCGCAGGGUCUCAUCAAGAAGCCUCUGCAGUUCCUCGCCAACAGACAGCGACCCGUCUGCACCGAUGACCCUCCGCUCUGGUGGCACUGUCCACUCCAGAUGUGCCCUGUUCAGCUCCCCACCAAGAGCGCCAAACUUGAGUUCAGCCUCGCCUCCUCUGUCACGACAAAACUCAACAUCACCAGUCUGGAGCUCCCCGCCUAGAUCCAACUCCAGCAUCUCUGCAGGGCUGUCACCUCGGCAGGGAGCUAUCACUCACUCCCCCAGAGGGAGGCAAAACUUUAAAAUCACCACUCCAGUUUCUGCAGAGGUUCCCCAAGACUUCCUAGCAUCGUCUGAGGCAGAAGAUGCAGCAGUGGCCACAACCAAUGGGAUCUCACUGGCCCCAGAUAACCUGGAAGAGGAAGUAGCACACCUGAUGGCUCAGGACCUGCCUUACACUGUGUUUGACACUGACACAGAGGUCGCAGUGGCCUCCAUGCUGAAUGCUAAGCUUGAGUUUGACGAGGCUCUGCUCACUGAGAACGUGUCACUUCACUGCGGAGCACAAGGCGGGAGAGGAGAGGUGGAAGGUGUAGUGCAAGAUGUGGAAAUGCAGGAAGAUAAUCAGGUGAACGACUCUGAAGAUGAAGACUCAAGCCAUUACUUAAAAUUUUCACGCACAGUGGUGUGUGACACAGCUAGCAGCUCAGACGCAUCUGGUCAGCUCCCUUCAGCACAGUCGAUCUCACAGUUAGAUGGAGUGGACGAUGGGUCAGAGAGUGAUGAAAGCGAGGCAGUUGAUGAUGAAGCUCAGGAUACAGAAAGAGAAGACACAGAGAUUAAGAUUCACACCAACCAUAAUACACCUACUAAACAGCUGACGAUUGCUUUAAAGAGGCUGGAGUCGAUCUACACCGUGUCAAAGUCAACCAUUGAACAAGGAACAGCUGAGCCAGAGUUUCAGGAAAAUUCUCCACCAUGUGAUAUUCUUGAAUCAGGUUAUGCAAACGAUGACAUGUCAGUUCAAGAGGAAGAGGUCCUAAUGAGCUCUGAAACACCAACAUCUCAAAAUGAGGUGUUUUUGGAUUCGGCUACAGGCCAUUUUGUUUCUGCUGAAGAUGGCGCUGUAAUGUACCCAAAUAACAAUGUAGUUGACGAUAAAGAUGAAAGUAGCUCAUCGGCCGACUCAGUUGGAGGAUAUACAGAUGAUCUGAAAGACCCUGACUACUCUCCAGAGAAUACAACCAAAAAAUCUCCCACAGCGCAGAUGAAAACCAUCAUUGUGAAGUCAAAACGUCCAACAUCAAACCUCAGACGCUUGUCACCAAAACCGUGUCUUCCACAGCAGCACAAUCUCAAAUUGAUGUUGCCCCCUCGAACUAAACAAAUUGUAAAUAAUGCGUCGGUUUCCACUGCUGCUGCCACUUUUUGUGCAGUUCCACGCACAGUCACCUCCCCCAUUGUGAUCAACGGUUUAAAUGCUCUACCUAUUCAGCCCGGUGCCACACGAGGCAGAACCGUCGCCAUCCGCUUGGACAACUCGAGGCCAGGAAGUCAGGAGGAAGCUGCAAUUCAGAAUCAAGCUGCAGCCACUAGCUCAACCCCGGCCCCCGCUCCCGCCCCUCAGGUCCUGCUGGUCAACCGUCAAGGUCAGAUUCUGAUCAAAGACCCAAGAACAAACACUUAUCAGUCACUCAGUACAAAUUCUCCUGCCUACAAUAAAAUAAGCCAGAUUGCCAAGAUUCUCCACAGUGGUAAUGCUUUGCAGCGCUCAGUCCCUCGUGUUAUAAUAAAGCCUCGUUCCAGCACCUCUGCCACAAACAUCCCUCUUGUUGGUAACCACACAACAACAUCCGAUAGGAAAAUCAUUGUCAGAGUGGUGCCUGUGAAAAGAAGUGGAACUCCAUCUCCCACAUCUCCUGUCUGUGUGCAGAGUGUUCCUGAAGCAAGUUUCUCCAACAUUGAAGAAAGCACAGCCCAGGCUAUUAUUGACAGAGCCAUGGCUACCCACCGCGACGCACCAAAGACGAAACCCAUCAUCCUCAGUAACACUCGACAGCCAAAGGCCAGACAUCGAAGAUCAUCCCAGUUUCAGGACGCAGAGGACUCAGAUCAGUCACCAGCUGCACGAUUAGAGUCCCCUAGUGGCUUCUUCAGUGAACCAAAUGUCAACCUACAUCCACCUGCUUCAUUACGCCACCAGGUGAGGGUCAAGAGAGUGUCAUCAGUGUCUGAAAGGCCCUCCAGGAAGAAAUCCAAGAUGGACUUCUUGAGGGAUCCCUCAAGUGAGCUGGAUGAAGUUAAUGAAGCCAGACCGAGUCGUGUGAGAAUGAAAGCUCCAACAAUGAAGGAUGUUCUUGAUAUGGACCAGGAAAAUAUGCCUGAUGAGCCUAAGCAGUUGAGGAUCACUGCUCCACCACCUCCUACACCCUCCAGGCACCCUCGGGUUGAGAGUCCACCUACACACGCACAAACCAACAUUCAGGGUAAAACACACACGUGGGUCAGCGCUCGCCACGGAGACCUCUCUGAAUGGGGCCCUUAUUCAGGUUUUAGCUCAGAAGACGAUGCGCCUGCACCCAAACACAGAAGGAGGACAUACAUGAACCAGCCCCACCUGUGUUUUGAAAUCACCAGCGAUGAUGGCUUCAGUGUUAAGGCUAACAGCAUUGAGGUUGCCUGGCGUGCAGUGAUUGACGGUGUCCUCGAAGCUCGAGCGGGCUUCCACCUGAAGCAGCUGCCUUUGGGCGUGAUGAGCGGGCCCCGGGUGCUCGGUGUUGUCCACGAUGCUGUCAUCUUCCUGCUGGAGCAACUGCAGGGUGCUGCAAACUGCAAACGCCACCGCUUCCGCUUCCACCGCUGUGAUGACAUUGAGGAAGAGCUUCCCCUAAAUCAGAGUGGCUGCGCUCGUUCUGAAGUCUACACACGGAAAGCAACUUUUGAUAUGUUCAACUUCCUGGCAUCACAGCACAGAGAGCUCCCUGACAUAGUAGGCCCCUUUGACGAAGAGGAGGAUGAAUUCCCACUGAAAUCUUCCAGGCGAGCCACUAGCAGUGAGCUUCCCAUGGCAAUGAGAUUCAGACACCUGGAAAAAAUCUCGAAAGAAGCAGUAGGAGUUUACAGAUCUGAAAUUCAUGGUCGCGGCCUUUUCUGCAAAAGGAACAUCGAGGCUGGGGAGAUGGUGAUCGAGUACGCUGGCACAGUCAUUCGCUCUGUCCUGACUGAUAAGCGGGAGAAAUAUUAUGACGGCAAGGGCAUCGGCUGCUACAUGUUCCGCAUCGACGACUUUGAUGUGGUGGACGCGACGAUGCAAGGUAACGCAGCUCGUUUCAUCAACCACUCAUGCGAGCCGAACUGCUACUCUCGUGUCAUCAAUGUGGAUGGACGCAAGCACAUCGUCAUCUUCGCCCUGAGGAAGAUCUACCGGGGCGAAGAACUGACCUACGACUACAAGUUCCCCAUCGAGGACGAGAACAGCAAGCUGCACUGCAACUGUGGGGCGAAACGCUGCCGUCGCUUCCUGAAUUAGUACAACCAAUACACACACACACACCACGUACCAACAGCCAUCUGGUUUAAUGCACCUGAAAUUAGGAGGUGGACUUUAAUGAACCGAUAAAGGUGACUGAGAGGUCGCUGAGACACACAGACCUGAUCUACUGAAAGUCUUCACUUUGUUGGAAGCUUAAUUUAUAGACUGAUCGAGGACAGCGUGUUUGUUCAUUUCUGUCCUCUGAACUGCUGUUCAUAGUCAGAAACCAGAUUAGAGCCAUAUGUCAAAGCUUGGGAUGAAUACUAUUUAUGUGAUUUCAGACUGCUGGAUUGUUGGUCUGUUAGGAAGUUCAAUUCAUGAACUGCACUACCUUUUGGAUUUGUGUACUGUUUUACCAUCUCAUACAACAUGUUCUCUCAGUUUUUUAUAUUGUUGAAUUUGUUGUCAGUAGCCUCUACUGGAACUGGGGCUAGACAACAGUCUAGCAAAUUAUUACCAGCUACAAACGGUGCAAACUAAAAUAACCUGAUAUCAGUUAUUACUCUGUAAAGGGUGAUCUAUUAUUAUGCUGGUGACCGAGUGUCUUUGUAAAUACAAGGUCACAGAGAAGGAUGGGGAGAAAUUAUUCAGCACCUUACUUUGACACGACCUUCUCUGGCAGCAGAGGGGACAAAUUUUACUUCAGAGCAAAAUAAACACAUUUGACUCAAGGCACCUAGUGUACACUGUAGUGCAGCUACAUUUUAACCUCACUCUGGAUACCACAAGUCUUGAGAGCAGGGACUCCAAUAUUUUAGGUGCUGGUGACAUUUACCCCAAAACGUAGUUUUAAUAUAGGCACCCAAACCUUUUUCCCACCAUUCAGUCAGUUGAAAUUUCCUGUUUUUAUUUGUGACAGCAGAGAUGCUGUGAUCUAAAUGCUUUUAUCCCGCUAUUACUUUAUUUGUUAAUUUGUGCUGUUUGUGUAUUUUAAGGUCUAUGAGGGAGAGUUUCCUUGAUGCAGGGUUUAAACUGAAUAUAGUGAUCUUGCUCUGCACAGUCCCUUAUAAACCUUUUUUGUAUUUUUGUAUAUUUGAACAAUAAAUGUAUAUUCAACAAGCUGAUGGAAAUAAAUGUGUUUGAGCUUUUAACUUCCUAUUUGUAAGUGAAGGCUGACUAACAGAACCGAAGCUAUUGCUGAGUAGUGAUGCUAAGUUAAUCUUUUUUUUUUUUCUUUUUUUUUGCGGCUGUUUUGCACCCUCUUCCUCCUGUUUUUUGUCUCACAGGUGUUCUACCUCAGGUGUUUAUGAAGCAAGAUUUAAUUACACAACACAUUUGGUGAAGAAUUAUUUCCUCAUUGUUCAAUCUUUCUAAUCAAUACAUCUUGAUAGUAUGAAAACAAAUAACAUCAAUAAUAUUAAACUGACUUGCUAUUAUGCCUGCAAUUAUUUUUUAAGAAUAGUGCUCAUUUCCUCCUGUGUGCAACCACACCCAACUAAUGGAUGAAGAUAGGAUCCUAGAGUUUAGGUUGAAGGCUGAAUGCUGUGGAUGUAUGUUUUUGUGUUUUAGGAUUAAUUGAAUUUGACACGCAUAGCUUUGUUACUUUAUCGGCUCACUAUGGAUCCUUGCCUGUACAUAGUUGUAUAAAGAUUUCUAAACCUGUUAAAUAUUUUUUUUACAUGCAAUUUUUUUUAUUUUAUUUAUGUUCAAUAAAAAUUUGAAAUGUU